GAUACGGACGUGUUCGUCUCCAGUGAGUCAAGAAUUCCGCACAAGAAUAUAUGCCUAAAAAUCCAUCGAAGAUCUGUUACAAUCGAAGAUCAGUCCGCUAAAAAAAAAAAGUGAGAGAUUUGUGCAGUGUGAAAAGUACUGAAAGAAAUCAGCCAAAGACUGUAUACUAAAAAUUAAAAAAAAAAUAACUCCCAAGUUAAGAUCCGAAAUCAAAAUGAAUCACCUUUCGCCGCCGCCAUCGCCGCACUCGCAGCAGCCGAGUCCCGCAGGAUUGGGCUGCCAUGGAGCAGCUUUGGACAAACAGUGGAUGCAGCGGGCGUCCGCCUUCAACACUGUGAUAGCCUCCGCCGCGGCCCAGAAACUCAAUGGGAGAGAUCUGCCCUUUUUGUACAACCCACUGCUCUACUCGAGUGCCCUGCUGUGGCCCCAAUUCCUCUUGUCCUCCGCCACGGCAAUGGGUACGCCCCUGACCCCCAUGACCCCCAAGUCACCCGCCUCUGUGGUGCUGGGUCAGCGGGAUCGCGACUUUGCCCUGACCCCCGAGAAGGAGCACGAACUACAGGUGGCCCAGCAGGAGGAUCAGCAGGAGCAGGAGCAGCAGCUGGACGAGGACAUGCCCCUGAACCUGAGCACCAAGGAGCGCAGCAUCACAUCGAACCCUUCUUCCUCCAAUCGGGAUCGGGAUCAGUAUCACAGUAGCAGCAACAACAGCAGCAGGAGCAGCUCGAGCAGCGAAGUGGAGGCACUGCAUCCGCUGACCUCGCUAAAUGUGACACCGCCUCCUUUAAGAGCAGUUAACCUGAAGAGUUCGGGAACUCCACAGCAACAACGCCAGCGAUCGCAGGGCAAUAUCAUCUGGUCACCGGCCUCCAUGUGCGAAAGAUCGGCGAGGAGGGAGCAGCAGUAUGGAUUGAAAAUGGAGCAGGAUCAGGAAUACGAGAACGAGGAGCACCAGGUGGAUCCCAUUGUGCGAAAGUUCAAGUAUGAGCGCAGGACCGCGUCUAUAUCCUCCCUCCAAUCGCCCAUCUCCUCGCUGUCCGCUCCGCCCACGAACUCUGUGCAGGAUCUGGAAUUCGAGGUGGCCCAGCAGCAGUUGUACGCCCAUCGCAGUGCCUUCAUGGCCGGAUUGACGGGCAACAACCUGGAGCUGCUCACCCAGCACUUGCAGAAGCAAAAGAGCGAUCAGCCGAAGGACGAGAAUCAUCAGCAGGAUAACCGCUCGGCAGCCGCUCUCAUGAAUUUGGUGGCAGCCGCCGAAUUUGGCUAUAUGCGUAAUCAACACCAACAGCCGCAGCAGCAGCAACAGUUGCAUCACCAGCAGCAGCAACAUCACCAGCAGCAGCAGCAGCAACAUCCUGACUCGACGGCCACAGAUGUUGCGCGUCGCUCGUCCUCCUCAUCCUCUUACCAAGGUGAAAACGAGGAGAAGCGCAGCGGCAGGAAUUUCCAGUGCAAACAGUGUGGCAAGAGCUUCAAGCGUUCAUCCACCCUGUCCACCCAUCUGCUCAUCCACAGCGAUACGCGGCCAUAUCCCUGCCAAUAUUGCGGCAAGCGGUUCCACCAGAAGUCGGACAUGAAGAAGCAUACCUAUAUACACACGGGCGAGAAGCCCCACAAGUGCACCGUCUGCCUGAAGGCCUUCAGCCAGAGCUCCAACCUGAUCACGCACAUGAGGAAGCACACGGGCUACAAGCCCUUCGGCUGUCUGCUCUGCGACCAGUCCUUCCAGCGGAAGGUCGAUCUCCGGCGGCAUCGGGAGAGUCGCCACGAGGAGGCGCCACCGCUGGAGGAUCUGAAGCCUUUGAAAAUGGAGGUGAGCAGCAGCAGCUGCUGACCAAGGCUGGGAUGAGGAGGAUCCCAAUCCAGUAUUAGAACCAGCCGAAGGAGCAGAAUCACAGUUGGCCCUAAGUCUAAGUCGUUGCUAUGAAGCCAAAGUUUGUUUUGUUUAGGCCUUCGCAAAGAUUUAUCCUAAUCUUAAGAGCUAUUUGUUAAACCUAUGCUAAGAUACUGCCUUAAGUCUGUACAUAUUUAACCCAAGAACAAGACUCUUCUUAUAUAGUAUAAUAACUAAUAUUUAAUUUAUUGCAUUAACCCUUAUUGAUUUGGUUUAAACUUAACCCAAAAUUGGCAGCUAAACGUACCAAAGAACAACCUCAAACAAAUGAAAUACCACUUGGCGACCACUUGUCUAAAUUUAGUUUCCUAACUUAUUAAGGUUUACCCCAUUUAUUUAUACGAUUUAUGCGAAUUUUUAGUUUACUCUUAUUUUGUAAUCCACCCAUUGACUUUUAUUGUAAUUAUAUUUAUU